GCGGCGGGAGCGGAGCAGGAGCGGACCGCGCCCAUGUCGGGCUUCGACACCAACCCGUUCGCCGACCCGGUGGACAUCAACCCCUUCCAGGACCCCUCGGUGACACAGCUCACAAACACCAGCCAGAGUGGCUUGGAUGAAUUCAACCCCUUCUCUGAGAGCUCCCAGCUGACGAAUGCGGCGCGGACGACGCCGGUGGUGCAGCCCUCGGGCCACUCGCAGCCGGCCGUGCUGCAGACAUCUGUGGAGCCCACACCACAGGCUGUGGCUGCAGCAGCACAGGCAGGGCUGCUCCAGCAGCAGGCAGAGCUAGAGAGGAAGGCAGCUGAGCUGGAGAAGAAGGAAAGGGAACUGCAGAGCCACGCAGCCAGCAUCGACCCGAGGCAGAACAACUGGCCACCUCUCCCCAAGAAGUGUCCCAUCAAGCCAUGCUUCUACCAGGAUUUUUCUGCAGACAUCCCAGCUGACUACCAGAGGAUAUGCAAGAUGCUCUAUUACUUGUGGAUGUUGCAUUCCAUCACCCUGCUCCUGAACCUGCUCGCUUGCCUGGCGUGGUUCACAGUCAACAGCAGCAGAGGAGUGGACUUUGGUCUCUCCAUUCUGUGGUUAAUUUUAUUCACCCCUUGUGCCUUUCUCUGUUGGUACCGACCAAUUUACAAGGCUUUCAGGUCUGACAGCUCCUUCAGCUUCUUCGUCUUCUUUUUCAUCUUCUUCUGCCAAAUAGCAAUCUAUGUCAUCCAGGCUGUUGGAAUUCCUGGCUGGGGAGACAGCGGCUGGAUCGCGGCGCUGUCGGAGGUGCACGAGAACGUGGCUGUGGCCGUGAUCAUGAUGGUGGUGGCAGCCUUCUUCACGCUCUGCGCCGUCCUCUCCCUCUUCCUCCUCAAGCAGGUGCAUUCCCUGUAUCGGCGCACAGGAGCCAGCUUCCAAAGGGCCCAGGAGGAGUUUUCCCAAGGCAUCCUCACCAACAGGAGCUUCCAGAAUGCAGCAGCUGGGGUGGCCUCCUCAGCUGCACAGAAUGCUUUCCGGGGAAAUUAACCCUUUUCCCAGGAAAUCCAGCCCUUCCCAGGAAAUCCAGCCCUUCCCGGGCAGCCUCCCACUCGCUUCCUCUGCCCUCAUCUCCCCAACCUUCAUCUUUUUUUUUUUUUUUUUUUUUUUUUGUUUUUUCUAAAAAUGCACUUUUUGGGGGUACCAUGUGAGCUCUGUGAUGCCGACACUCCUGAUGAGGAGAGGGUUUUUUUCAGCUUCAGCUGAGCUACGGUUUGGAUGAUUCGUUUUCCCUGUCUUGUUUUAGGGUGUGGGGAGAUGGGGGAAGACAUUCUCUGAGGCAAAUAUUCCUCUCUCCAGGACCUUCUGGGUGUUUGUCUCUUCCUCCCCUCGCUCUGUGUGUAGCAGGAAGAUGAGGGGAAGCAGGUUUUUGAUUUUACUCUCUCUCUUCUCUCGGCCUUUGCUACGAAGAAUUUGAUUAUCUGCUGUUUUGGGAGGGUUUUGUAACGUGCAUGUAGUUGAUGUCGUUAAUUUUAAGAACAGAAACUGUACUUUUGGUUUAUUACACUCACACAAUGCUGUGUUUUGUCCUCAUA